ACUAAAAAAAAAUGCAGGAAGAGGAAAUCCAAGUUGACGUUAGUAGCUUUUAGCCCACGUUAGCUAUGAAACCUUUAGCUCAACCUAGUUUAGUGAGCACUUUGCAAGUGUAGUUAACGGGCUUCAAAGCUGGAUAUUACAGUGUUUAGCAUGAACGGAUCCCAUGAUCUUUAAGGACAUGCAGCCAUGGGUGACAUGAAAACCCCAGAUUUUGAUGAUCUUCUGGCAGCCUUUGACAUCCCAGAUGCUACUGGAUUGGAUGCUAAAGAACCCAUCCAGACUAGCCACGAGGAGACAGAAAAUCAGCUGAAACAUGAUGGGAUGUGUCUGGAUCAAAGUUUAUUAGAUAACCCAGCUGUUGCAACUUCAGAUAUCCCUGUUGUAAGUGUAAUAGUGAAAAAUGUAAGUCGACAGGAGUCGAUAGAAGAGUACAGGGAUAGACAUCACUCUGGAACCACAUUGCAAAAUGGAUUCACGGCACAGGAAACCUAUUCUGACCCUCCAGAGGAAAGAGACAAUUGCUUUUCCAAAUCGUUUGUGUCAACUUUAAAUGGAGAGAGUUCACCAGAAAUUCCUAAGGAGGUGGCUAAUCAAUGCAAUACCAGCCAGACGCCAAUAUUUUCUCCUUCACAUUUUAAUUCAGUCUCAAGCCCAGAACCUGAGAACCCUUUAACGAGCAAAGAUGAAACACUUCCCAUACAAGAUAGAAAUUAUUUAGAAGCUCCUGUUUUGGAUGAGUCUUCUCUUCCAAACAAUCAAAGAAAAUUUGACUUUAGUCUGUUUGAUAAUUGUUCCCAGGAAAUUCAAGGUAGCAGAACGGAAAUUGGGAAAAGUAAGCCACCAGCUGACAUCUCCAUAAACAAUGAAACUAAUAAAGCAUCUGAACAAGAAAGUACAUUUCCCCAUCUGCGUUGUGAUCAGAACUUGACUGAGACGAACUGCAAUACAAACAACACAGUGGAUGUGAGUGAUUCUCAUUUAGCUACCAAAUCUCACACAUCCAAGCUGUCCUCUUGUCUUGAGGCUCUUGUUGCUCUGAACGCUACAAAAGACCCCAAAGAGUUGACUAACUCCACAUUGUCACCUGAGAUGCAGAAUGACUUGUUGAAAGCUAGCCCAAAAGUGCCCAUAUCCCCCAAAAGUCCCAGAAGUCCACUUGAAGCAGUGAAACGUGUAAUCAAACCCUCUGAUAGUCCUAUUAGCAUCUGUAGUGAUGGUAGUGACAGAGCGUCCCUAGCAGCGGCGUCUGGAUUGUCUCCAGCAAUACCCAAAGUCAGAAUUAAGACCAUUAAAACCACAUCAGGUCAGAUUAAGCGCACGGUUACCAGUGUUUUACCAGAGUCGGAAACAGACGACAUUUAUUCUGCUUAUGAAUCCUCUCCGUCUCAGAGUGUGAUCAGUGAAGAUUCUUUUUCCAUCUCCCCUCAUCAGUCUCAAACAAAUGAACAUGUAGUUGGCAUAAAGUCUAAAGGCAGCCCAGCUAGCACAACAUCACUGAAGGCUUUGGACAGAAAAUCCGAGCAGAACUCCAGAAAAUCUUUGGCUUCAUGUAGUACCAGCGUUGGCAAAAAAUCUGCUACACACCGGGUGCAAAAACCGAAGAGAACAUCAUCAACUGCAGGCCAGAAAGCUAACACAACCUCCCUUCCAAAAGCUGUGCACUUGGCCAGUCUGAACCUGGUGCCUCACAGUGUUGCUGCUUCCGUAGCUGCACGGUCCGCUUCCCAUCAGCAAAGUAACCCCACGCUUUCCUCGUCCGUGUGUAGUGGAGUCCCGUUAGUCCAUCAGGUGAAAGCAGCCAACCCUUUCCCCUGUACGCCCGUUCCAAACACAGCUGCAGGGACUCUACACAGACUGCUGAACAGUGCCAACCCUGUGCCUACAUAUGUGCCCAACUUGAGCCCCCCUCCAGAGAGCAACAUCAACCUUCCACCAAAUGGAUAUUGCUGCCUCGAGUGCGGGGACGCUUUUGGGCUCGAAAAGAGUCUCGUGGGCCAUUACGGCAGAAGAAGCGUUCACAUUGAAGUGGGAUGUACGCAUUGUGCAAAGACCCUGGUUUUCUUCAACAAGUGUGCCCUGUUGGCACACGCGCGGGAGCAUAAAAACAGUGGCAUGGUAAUGCAGUGCACGCAGCUCCAUCUGAAACCCUUAUCUGAGGAGCACUUGUUUGCUCCACUGAGCUCCGAGCCCGCGAGUUUGGCCUCCUCCACCUCAUCCUUAAGCUCGUCUAGAAGUGAACCCGUCUUGCCUUUAUAUCCGGAUAGUAUAAUACGACACAGACAUCAUUGUGUGGAGUGCAACAAGCAGCUGCAUGACUAUAAAGCGCUCGCGGGGCAUUACCAGAAGCUAUCAGAAGAUGUGGAGGGACUGACUUGCAAAGUAUGCUCAAUGUUGCUACCCAACAAGUGCAGCUUGAGAGCUCAUCAACGGCUUCACGCACACAAGUCCCCUUACUCCUGCCCCGAGUGUGGUGGCCUGAGUCGCUCUGCAGACAUUCAGAAGCACGUCAAGGAAAACUGUCUGCACUACGCCCGCAAGGCUUGGUACAAAUGUCUGCACUGUGACAUGGUGUUCAGAACUCUCCAAGGACAAGAGACUCAUAUCCAGGAGAAACACUGUGAAGUUUUUUAUAAAUGUAACGUCUGUCCAGUUGCCUUUAAGACCUCCGACGCCUGUGAAGUGCAUUUGAAAAAGAAGCAUUCUGCCAGCAAAUCUGCACUUCAGUUAGUCUUGAAGUGUUCCUGUGAAGCAGUUUUCAAGAAAAAACGUCUCCUCUUUCAGCAUUUCCAUCAGAAUGCCAACAAGCGACUUAUAUGUGUUUUUAAAUGUCCCGAAUGCAACUCAGUGUUUCCACAAAAGCGGCUGUUAAUGCUACAUUUCAAGAGUGUUCAUGUGGGAAACAUGACUGCAGAGGUGGAUAAAGAAGUGAAAGAAAAAGAGAAGACCAACCUCCAUCCAGAUGUUCAUUCUACAGAACAGUCAAAGAGUACAGAUGCUCAGAAGUUUACAGGAUGUGGUAGAAAAAAAUCAGAGAAGGAUAUCAAGCCUCGAAUGAAGCCCAGCGGUUGGACGUGUGGCGAGUGUCUGCAGUGGUUUUCUGACAGGGAAUCCUAUGUUUCUCAUGUAAAGACCAACCACGGAAAGUCAGUGAAGAAGUAUCCGUGUCGACACUGUGAGCAGUCCUUCAACUCUGCAAUCACCCUGAGGAGGCACAUUCGAAGUGACCAUGAUGGAAAAAGGAGAAUCUACUCUUGUUGGUAUUGCACUGAUACCAAGACGAUAUUCACGACUAGUGUGAUGCUGAAGAACCACAUCAGUCUAAUGCAUGGAAUUAAAAAUCCUGAUCUGAGUCAGAUGCCGAAAGCAUCCCUCCGGGAAUACAAAAAGCCUCUGGGAAAGAAGUUUGCCUCUGACCUCCCCCCUGUGGAAACCCAGGCGAAUCAUCAGUCCGAUCAAGAGGCUCCCUCAGCGAAACGUCCCAAAACCCAGCACCGCUGUUUAAAGUGCGGCUUCACUACAGACGACCGGACAGACUUCCAGCAGCAUAUACCUCAGCACAGAACAGAUGAAAGCACCCCUCAGUGUCUUCACUGCGGCCUGUGCUUCACAUCUGCACUGUCUCUCAAUAGGCAUCUUUUUAUCGUGCACAAAGUCAAGGAGGAGGAAGAGGAGGAGAAAGCUGGUGUUGGCACAGAGAAGCAGAACAAUCGGCACGUUGGAUCGAAUAAAUCCAAACCCUCGCUCGAUGAUGGCUCUAAAACUGCAAAAGGAACCAAAACAACAGACUGUGACUUAAAACCAAACCCAGCUUUAGACUCUAGAGAGCGUUCUUUAGGAGAGGAACCUCCUCCUUGAAGCGCCUGAAACAGCUAUUGAAAGUAAAGCCAAAUUAUGCUGCAGUAUUCAUUUGUUCACUUCCUAUAUUCAUUCAUAUCUUUAGAGUGGCUGAUAUUCAUAUUUCCACAUACUCAGAAAAAAAGUCACUUCAUUCAAAAGCAAAAAAAUGAGCCGAGCAUCAUUAGAUACACCAGUGGCAAUUAGUGUUUUUUUUGGGAUCUGACAGUAAAAUGUCUCUGAGGUGUCGCUCAUAUUUAAUGGUGUUGAGGCAAACAUAAUUCUAAUGCAGUAUAUUCACACAGAUCUGUUAUAUUUGUUUAUGAACAGUAUUCUAAUUUAACCCUGCAUAUCGAUGAUAUAUUUUAUUUUUCUUUUACCAUAAAGCUUCAUUCAUACAUUUUUUUCUACUUGUUCAUGUUGCAUCUGUUUUAAGAGAAUGCUCAGGAAUGUGUGUUAGUGUGAAGGUCUGAUAUUGGUUGAAAUGUUGGUUUUCACCAUGUAAGGAUGAAUAAUUUAUUCCUUUUUUUAUUUAAUUUGAAAUGUUUGUCUUGAAAAUCCCAUCCCUUGAAAGGAAAAGGAUUUUAUUUUUUUAAAGAAAAAUAAAUUGGUUUCAAGAUUUAAAAAAAAGUUUAAUUAUAGGUUUCUGUUUGUUUUAUAAAAUGUGUUAAAAUUCUGAGUUUGGGUCUUAAUAUAAUGAUGAAUCUGUGUGGUUAUGCUAAGGAUGUGACACAUCAAUACUGAAUGUACCUCAAAUUGCCAGAUCAGAUUUUUCCUUUAUUUGUUUUUUGAACGCCAGUGUUUUGUCAUAUCAGGGUACAAUGAAAGAAACUUUAGCAGCAAUAAAAGGGGAGAUUGUUUUCUUAACCUCAUCCUGGUGAUGUGAAUAUGAAUAUGUGAUGGCUGUAAGGGAACUGUUUGUUGAAGGCUUCUUAUCUGCAGGUGGUGUUAAAGCAGUUCCUACCUCCAUCGUAAACGGCAGUGAUUGUUGCAGGGGGUUUGAGAGUUCACAGCUACUCGCAGUGCAAUUAUAGAAAAAAAAAUAUAAAAAUGUGUAUCAUCCCACUGUGAAUUUUAUAAAUUAUUUUGGGAACGAUAUUACAGUUUUAGGGUCAUAUUGACCUGACAAGCUAGAUUUUUUUUUUUUUAAUCAUCACACCACAGAUAUAGAGGCAAAAAACAUGUUACUUGUUUAAGUUUUGCUCUUUUUGUACUCCUUUAUAAAAGACAUUUGUACUUUUGAUACUGCGUACUCGAAGGACUUGUAUAGAGAAGGAGUUGUGUACAUAUGAAACCAGUGAAACGUGGAUUCACAGCAUAUUUGACACCAUCUCAUCUCUUCGGCAUGCAGUGGCCCACGUGCCUUGUUAUGUUUACGCAAAGUACUUACAAAUAAACUGGUUCAUUGAAUAACUUA